AACAAUCAAAUCCAGCCUGCCACUGUAACUUCAGAAGAUCUGGAGAACCUUUACCAAGCAGAUCCAACUGGAAAUGUCCAAUUUGAAGCUGGCUCUCAGCAAUAUGUCCUGAGCUUUAAAUAUAUGACCCAGACCAAUGAGAAUUAUUCUACCCAACGGGAGGUCCGAAGACGUCCCAAGUUUGUUUCCUCUGAAGAUGUCAGGACAAAGAAAGGACACACAGCAGCAGCAACAACAAUAACAACAGCAGUCCUCAGAAAAAUGGAAAGAGGCGUUGAAUGA